AUGCUUCGUCCCACAUGGCCAUCAGGCACAGUACCUCGACUGUAUCACCUCACCACUCCCAUGCUCGUGCCCUUGUGGGAUGCCACGGUCGGAGAAACACUGGGUCGACUUGAUCACCAUUUCCAGCAAAAGCAUGAGGCAUGCAGAGAGAAGGCUUUAGCCAAGUUCCAAGACGUGGUGAACCCGCCUUCACAGGAACCAGAUCUGGCAUCAUUGGAUCCGGCAGGACACGUGAGCGAAGAGUACACGUCAGAAGUGGGGCGUGCAUGGCCCACAUCCACCGAUGAUCCCAGUCACAUGGACUACUUCCCAUGGAGUCAUAUGGGCCAGGUGCCGCUGGAUCCUCUCGAAGAGUGCGCUGCGAAUGACAGCUUUUCUAGUGCGAACACAUCCAUCGUACAACAUGCCUUGCAACUCCAAUCACCUGGACUCUCAUGGGACAGUGUAUACCAGCGGCGAUGGUCUGACAGCGCUAGAGAGCCCAACUCUGUCUCAACAUCCACGCAUUUAAUUUCGUCCAUGGAUGCAGUAAGGCUAGGGGCACAAAAGGCCGUGACGGAACUCAAGACACAUGGGCCCGAUGAUGUGACAGCGAAACUUGAGCCAGAGACAUUCGACUUUCUCAUUUACAUGCGCAUUGUUGCACAGAGCAAAAUGGGCGCACCUGUCAUCAAGUUCCAAGAGCUGAUCCCAAGUACCAAUCAAGGUCCUCGUGUACCAGCCCAAGCUUUAUGGCACAUUUUGACGUUGGCAUCCAUGGGUGCAUGUACGCUGGCCCAGACGCAACCACCACUUUGCUACCCUGCCAAGUAUCACCGAUGCUCCGGUGAAAUUGUGUACAUCUGCAUCGUAUUUCCCCGCAUUCGAAUGCCCACCAUGCCUCUGCCGACAGAGCUGCAAUGGCGCAUCUUCCUGGAAGCAGCCCGUGAUGAUAUACCCACAGCGCAUACGCUAGCCUACGUAUCUAGGGAUACGAUUGCGCUGUACAAGUACAGCUCUCUGUUCCGAUUUAUGACGACACUGUCCUGGAUUGUGCAAUGUGACAACCUGAUAUCGAUCCCCAGCAAGAUGCCUACGAAGUAUACUAAGCAUUUGUUUGUUGAUAUGAGUGAUGAUGAAGAGCCCGAUCUCUUAACCCGCCUUGCGACGCUGCCGCCAGAAACGUUGGCAAACAUGGUACCAGCGACGGACUUCCUAACCUACUUCCCCGCUCUUGAUAUCCUGUCCCUUGGCUCAGUAGAGCUUCAAGCAUUUGCUAGAGGUCUACAAAAAAUCUCACCCAUAUCCCUUACGUUGGUAUUCGAUGGAAAUGAGACACUGCUAUCGUCCAUUUUCUCCUCGUCUUCCAACACAACUCCCUCAAGCUUGCUCCAUCGCUUGACACAUUUGCAUGUAAUAGGCGUGAGCCCCCAAAGUGAAUUAACGGGCCUGCCUAUGCCACUCACAAUCCUAGAGCCACUUUGUGCAGGAAGCAUGAGUGUCAAUGGCCACCUUUCUCACCAGCUCUCAGAGGAAGAGUCAGAUGCAUCGAAGCGGAUACCAGGCGUGAGGCAUCUCCGAUAUGAUACACGAAAAUUCUCGUUCCGGCCUACGGAUAUUUUUGCUACGCGUCUCCGUCACUUUUUCCAAAACGUGCAAUUGGAUACUUAUACGGGAGACGAAGAAGAGUCUCAAUAUGUACAGUCGUUUCUACGUCAGCUUGGUGUCAACAUGUUUCAGCGCCUGGAUUUGUGCUGGCGAAACGAGCAAGGUGAAGGAGCCAAGGAGCGUACCAAUGUGGAAAUGCAACGCAAGCGUCUACAGAACUCGAUGUACACGGGUGGAUGGCCGCAAGAAUUGCGUGGGGCAUGGACAGACCGUGGUAUUUGGCAUAACAAUGCCCAAGAGGCCUUUCGCCAGGAACUUCAAGAAUCUAUUACGGAUUUGUACGGAUGGAAUGACAGUCCGAUGAAUGCCUAUGUCGAUGGGAUGUUUGUCGACCGGAUACGACAUGGAUUCAGCGAGCUAGAAAAUACCAUGCUGACGAAACUGCAAUUGUAUUUGAUGGAAGCGUUGUUUGUACAUACAGCGAAUGCGGAGGCAGCGCCUGUGAUGUUGAGUCAUCGUAUACGCCGGCCUUCCAAGUUCCUGCGCCUAGGACAGCAGCAAGCUGCGUUGUAUGCAGACGAGCGCCUCGCGUUAUUUUACACAAAAGCUUAUGCAGAGCGUAGUAGUCUAGAAACUGUAUGA